AUGGAUUCAUCAUCUUCAGCUUCCUCUUUACACUUGGCCAUGGCGGCUCUCGUCGGAGCUUCCUUGAUGGCCAUCUCGGCCUUCUUCAUUCACAAGCGCAGUGUCGACCAAGUCCUUGAUCGUCUCAUCGAGAUCCGCCGCGAACUCCCUCAAAACCGCGACGGCCAUUUCGACGAAGAAGAAAACGAAGAAGAAGAGUAUAGCGAGGGAGGAUAUGGUUCUGAUGGAGAUGGGAUGACAAGACAGCAGAAUCGUGAGUCGAGGUCGUUGGAGGACAGCAUGCUUCGACGUUAUAAGAAUACCAUGUCUUCUUCGUUGCCAAAUGUGUCUGUGAGAAAUGAUUGGUUAGAAGAAGAUGCUAAGUUUGAUGAGGCGAUUAGGGUUAGGGCACAGAAUUGCUCCGCUUCUUCGCUUGAUAAACUCAAUUUCAUUCCCUCUGGACUUCCGCCGCUGCAAACAUCACAUAGACUUGGGGAGGAUCAGCCUUUUAACCGCGGUGGUUCCAGUGCAAGGCUGGCAUCUGUUGGCAUUCUACGGACUCCGAGAUCUCCCGGAGGCAGUGGCUUUGAAAAUGCUGAGGAUUCUGAGGAUGACGGUACAGAGCUUGCAAAUGAAGAUGAUAUGGAUUUCAGCUAUGAGGACAUUGAUUCUUCUGCUAAUUUUAUGAAUGAUGUUGAUUCUAAAAUUCAAAAUUCUUCUGCUGUUCCAUUCAGAACUGAUCUUGUGAACUUUGUUCAAGAUCAAAAUUGUCGAGCUAGUAUAAAUGUAGUGAAACCUGGUAUCGAUGUGCAUGGCAAGGGAAAGGUAGAUACGGCUUCAGCACAGAUAACAGGGCAUGAUACUGCUUUGCCCAAUGUAAUAUUGCCUCUGAGAACUACAUUGCAUGAGUCAACAACCAUAGAAGAUGAGGAAGUGCGGAAAAUGCUUCAAGAGUGUUUGGAUCUGCGAAAAAGUUAUGUUUAUACUGAAGAAGUUGCUCCAUGGUUGAAGGAACCUGUCCCUGAACCUUAUGCAUCAGAAGUGAAUAUUGAUCCAUUUCACUUUGAACCUGUUGAAGCAAGUACACAUCACUUUAGGAUGGAGGAUGGAGUCGUACACGUUUAUGCAAGUGAAAAUGAUACUGUAGAUCUUUUUCCUGUCGCAAAUUCAACCACUUUUUUUACUGAUAUGCAUCACAUUCUGAGAAUUAUGUCUAUUGGAAAUGUUCGCUCUGCAUGCCACCACAGGCUACGGUUUCUCGAGGAGAAAUUCCGGCUCCAUUUGUUAGUAAAGGCAGAUAAGGAAUUUUUGGCUCAGAAGGGUGCCCCUCAUCGUGAUUUCUAUAACAUCCGAAAGGUGGAUACACAUGUGCAUCAUUCUGCUUGUAUGAACCAGAAGCAUCUUCUGCGUUUCAUCAAGUCAAAACUGAGAAAAGAACCUGAUGAGGUUGUUAUAUUUAGAGAUGGAAAGUACAUGACACUUAAGGAAGUAUUUGAGAGUCUGGACUUGAGUGGGUAUGAUUUGAAUGUGGAUUUGUUGGAUGUUCAUGCUGAUAAGAGUACCUUCCAUCGAUUUGACAAAUUCAAUCUCAAAUACAAUCCUUGUGGGCAAAGCAGACUUAGAGAGAUCUUCUUAAAGCAAGACAAUCUUAUCCAAGGACGAUUUUUGGCUGAAGUGACAAAGGAAGUUUUAUUAGAUCUUGAAGCUAGCAAAUACCAGAUGGCAGAAUACAGAAUAUCUGUAUAUGGAAGGAAACAAAGUGAAUGGGACCAGCUAGCAAGUUGGUUCGUUAACAAUGAAAUUUAUAGUGAGAAUGCUGUUUGGUUAAUCCAGCUACCAAGAUUAUACAACAUUUACAAGCAAAUGGGAAUUGUUAAAUCUUUUCAGAAUAUUCUUGAUAAUAUUUUCAUUCCCCUCUUUGAAGUAACAAUUGAUCCAAACUCUCAUCCUCAGCUUCACCUGUUUCUAAUGCAGGUUGUCGGUUUUGACCUUGUAGAUGAUGAAAGUAAACCAGAGAGGCGUCCAACAAAGCACAUGCCUAAACCAGCUGAAUGGACCAACGAUUUCAAUCCUGCGUACUCGUAUUACGCUUACUACUGCUAUGCAAACUUUUAUACUCUCAACAAGCUUCGUGAAUCAAAGGGAAUGACAACAAUUAAAUUUCGGCCACACUGUGGGGAGGCUGGAGAAAUUGACCAUUUGGCUGCUGGAUUCCUUUUAUGCAAUAACAUAUCUCAUGGGAUUAAUUUGCGGAAAUCCCCUGUUUUGCAGUACUUGUAUUACCUUGCUCAGAUUGGAUUGUCAAUGUCACCACUGAGCAACAAUUCCCUCUUCCUCGACUAUCAUCGCAAUCCAUUUCCUAUGUUCUUCCAGCGUGGCCUAAAUGUUUCGCUUUCAUCUGAUGAUCCUUUGCAAAUUCAUUUAACAAAAGAAGCUCUUGUGGAAGAAUAUAGUGUAGCAGCAAAGGUGUGGAAGCUCAGUGCUUGUGACCUAUGUGAGAUAGUAAGGAAUUCCGUUUAUCAAUCAGGAUUUUCACACAUGGCAAAGUCGCACUGGCUUGGUAAUAACUAUUAUAUCAGAGGCCCAGAAGGAAAUGAUAUUCAUAAGACAAAUGUACCAAACUUGCGAAUUGCCUUUCGACAUGAUACAUGGAAGGAUGAGAUGCAGUAUGUAUACUUGGGAAGAGCCACAUUUCCUGAAAAUAUAGACCCUUAGUGGAAUUGAAGUCGGAGAAUGAAGCAUUACAGUAAACACAAGUAGAGUUUCUAUGUUUAGUCAGUAGUACUUUCAGUAUCCCAAAAUGGCUCAGAUUUACCAAAUUCAUGGCACACAGUGAGACUCAACAAAGGAUAGAGCUUAUGAAGAUCCUGCAUUAACAGACAUAAUUUAUAGUAGCAUUUACAGGGAGACGGAAUCUGACGAUGCUAUUUUCUGUAAUAUGCAUUGUUUGUAUACCCAAUUUUAGGUUAAUUUGAAUGGUGUUUAGGCAGGCAUCGGUAAGUCGCUGGUUUUGAAUUGGAAAUGAAGCGCUUUCAAGCUGAGGGGGGGUUCCAUGUGAAUAUAUGCUAGUGCAAUACCUAAUAAUAAACCUCCAAAUUUUAUUAAAGUAUCUUUUAGUUU